CACACCCCGCCCGCCAUGCGCUGCCCUCCUCCUCCUCCUCUUCCCACCGAGCCCGAUGACUCCAGGUUGCUCAGCAUUCCCCCCUGCGGGCACUCGGCGUGUGUCAGCGCAGCGCGGCGCACGUUCGGUUUCACAACGCGCAGGGAUCGGCGGGGGUUGCGCCUUUCGUUUCCCUCGCACGCUACACCCGGAUUCCAGACGCUCUCUGGCUUGGCUGCUGCAUGGACUCAGAGCACAGGUCCCUUGCCGUACCCAGCGGAGGCAGAGGGGGGUCCCCUGGGCUCCCGGGAGUGGACCAUGGAGACGCCAGUUGUGUUCCUGCUUUGCAUCUCGGUUUUCCCAGGCUUUUCCCAGGGCAGAGUGGUCGGAAGGGAUGAAGCUGGCUUCGCUGAGUGUAACGUGUUCUUCCCUGGACAAGUCCCACCGAAGGGUUUUACACAGCCGUUCCACGUGAAAAUCUGUCAGCAGUACAACAAAGAGCCGCGCUUUGCAACCCUCUACAGCACUAAGGACAAAAUCCCUCUUUAUUCAGCUUUUAAGUACACGAAGGCAGCCCAAAGCGAGGAGGAGAGCUGGCUGGUCGAGCCGCAGAUAGAUGACCCAGAAAAUGACCUGCAGGAGAUGGUGCAUGAAGCUGAUAUUGCUGGCACUGUGGCCAACCUUGGUGCAAACCAAGCCCUGACCUCAGACUAUGUGGACUCUGGCUACGAGAGGGGUCUGCUCAAUCCCAGCCUGCUCAAUGAGGAGGAUUUCCAGAUGGCCACUUACACCCUCACAAAUGCCGUCCCUCUGAGCCCAUCUGUGAGCAAAAGCUGGCACAGAGACAUUGGGAAGGUAGUGGAGGAAGGUCUGGUCCCUCACUGCUCCAAGAAGGAUCACCUGUAUCUCCUUGCAGGGGCAAUUCCUUCCAGAGCCCAGGUUAAAGGCAAGCUGUCGGUGCCAGAGACACUGUGGCUGGCAGCCUGCUGUGAUGCUCCAGACGGAUGGUCCCUGGGAAUAGUGAAAAGCACGAAUGAUGACAACAGCUUGGCAGACCUCACAGUAAGAGAGCUGGAGAAGAAGCUUCUAACAGGAGUUCGCUUGUUCAAGGGCAGCUGUGGGGAAGACAACCAAAGCCAGGAGAAAACAAGAGCAAUACUGCAAGCUGUCAGUCAGGUCCGCUCUGGAGAGCAAGUGAGAGCCAGUGAGAGCCAGGAUGCCAAGGAGAGCGGGUUGGUGAGGAAAGUGGCUGGCAUCAUCGCUACCCCUUUCAUCAAACUCCUGGAACUCCUCAUCUAUGUGCUUGUGGAGCUGGUGAAAUACGUGUUCUAUUUUCUGUGGCUUGUUAUCAAGCGGGUUGGUGGUACUGUUCUGGAUGGAGUCUGCAACCUGUGGAAUGGGGUGGUGUUCUACCUUAAAAGCAUCACCAUGGUGCUCAUCAGCAUCCCUUAUGAUGUGGGGAGGGUCAUCGUCAACAUCUUCAUGGGCUUCCUGCAAAUCGUUGAAGAUGUGGCAUCCCUCACCUACAGGAUCCUGCGCAUCCCUGUGGGGUUUGUCCUUCACCUCGCUGCUUUCCCUUACCACUCCAUCUGUGCCAUUCCCUCUGUCCUCAAAGACAUGGCCAACGGGAUCGGGGGCACCUUCUCCCUGGUCAUCGAUGCCACAGCCACCAUUCUGCACGGCUUCUAUUACCUGGCUUGUCACAUAGUCAGACGUUUUGUCCCUAAAGCCUCCUCUGAUGACUGAUAAGGAUGGAAAGAAGGCUGCAAAGACACAGAGUAAAGGAGGGAGUGGGGCAAUGCUUUAAGAUACGUGGCCAAGCGCUGUCCAUUCUGUUCUGGUAUUUAUUGUAGUGACAUUAAUAAUAACAAACCAACUGGGGAGUAACA